AUGCCGAGCUACUCCUCUCUCUGCAUCUAUUGGAGAUGGCCAGGCCCAACUAUUGUUCAGCGAUUACAGAUGAUCCUUGUCUUAAUGUCAUGUUUCUUAUUCCAUCUCUCCAUUGGCUCAAUCUACACCUAUGGAAACUUACUUCCUUACCUCGUCUCUUAUGCUAGAAACCACACUAAUCAGGCUGAGCUCAAAAACACCCAAGGUACUUACAUAUUCUCCAUCCAAGUCUUUGGCCUUGCAGUAGGCAUGCUAGCUGGAGGUGUACUCGAGAAAAAAUUUGGCCCUAGAUUGGUCUCUCUUUCUGGAGGAUGGCUGAUGAGUGCAGGUGUGGCACUAAGCUACUUUGCAGUCAAGAAGAACUUCUGGUAUCUCACUAUGACGUAUGGGAUAAUGUUUGGAUUAGGAACUGGCAUAUCGUACAUUGGGCCGAUAGCCUGUGCCAUACGGUGGUGCCCACGGUGGAAAGGGGCUGCAACUGGUUUUGUGGUUUCUGGCUACGGAAUCAGCAGCUUAAUAUUCACUACAGUUCAAACAGCAUAUGUUAAUCCUCAUAACGUAGAGCCGAUUGGGCCUGUGUGCGAUAUGGAACAAGAUACUCCAGAGAGUUGUGAUAAUGAGAAGUAUUUCGAAGACGCCAAAAUGAUGUCUCGAAUUCCGACCUUGUUCCUACUCUUGGCGGGAGUUUAUGCUAGCCUACAGCUGAUAAGCUCAAUCUUUCUAGUCAAUCCUCCGCCUCCUCUUGCAGAUGAAGAAAAGCGACCAAUUCUAAUACACGAGGAUUCUCCUUCUCCACGAGUGUACAGUCCUUCAACUUCAAUGUCUCGCUCUGCUCUUAUUAACAAGAAACUCGAUACCCUCACGGUAGUUAAUGUCACUCCUCUACAGUUGUUUAGAAAACCCAGUUUCUACCUUAUCUGGUUCAUGUUUGCUUGCAUCGGAAUUGGAACCUCAUUCAUCACAACGCUUUAUAAAAGUUUUGGCCUUGAAAAAGUCACUGAUGAUGAUUGGUUGCUCUCAAUAGCAGGAGCUGUAAGCUCAGUUUUUAACCUCUCUGGUCGUUUCUUUUGGGGUGCAUUAGCAGAUUUCACUAGCUAUCGGACAGCUCUGGUAUUCCACGGAGCACUUGCAACUUUUAUCUACUUUACAUUUUAUGCAACUGGGGCAGCUGGAAUAGUCAUGUUCUUUUUCUGGCUUUUUGGGAUUUAUUUCUGCAUCGGUGGCUCCUACUCUCUCUAUCCUUCUCUUGUGGCUCAGUUAUACGGCACAGAGAACAUUAGUAUUAAUUAUAGUUUCGUCUACAGCUCUCAGAUCGUAGGAAGCCUCUUGGCUUCAUUCCUAUCUCACUUGCUAGUGGACUAUAUCGACUGGUAUGGAGUGUUUUUUAUAGUGGGAGGGCUGAGUCUAGUAGAGUAUAUACUAGCAAUACUUUAUAAUAACAAGCGCUACAUACGAAACUAA